AUGCAGCUUGCAAAUCUUGUGAACCACAACGCUUUAGAGUUGCUCAGCAAUCGCAAUGCCGUCUGGACGCUCAUCACCCUUCUAUCGUUUGUAGCAUGGAUUUUUCUGGGUUCAUUUGGAGAGCCUACCAAGCUAUCAGACCCAGUACCUGGUGUAUAUAACACUGUUCAGUUCUUGACCAAUAAUGAAAGAUUCAUGAAGCGUGUAAUGAAUCUGUUAAGCAAAUGCAACAUCGCGAAGUUCUAUCUUGGAACAGUGCCGGUCUAUCUCAUUUCGGGAACAAAAAACAUACAAUCCAUAUUUGGUAGAGAUAACAAAGUGGGAAGUGAGGACAUCUUCGUUGAAAGAGUUCUGCCCACUCUUUACAAGAUGCCCAAGAAGGAUGUAGAGAAGUUCGCCAAUGAUAAGUCCGGACGUGGUCACAAUCCUGCGCCCGGCACUGAGGAUAUGCCACAGGACCAGCGAUACUGGGCUAAAUACGAACACAUACAUACGGAGUACCUGGCUCGUACGCAGAAUUUAAAGCCCAUCAUUGAGGCAUAUAGCAAUCAGCUCAUGCAGGACCUAAACAAAUACCCCACUGACAAAUGGACCACUAUUGGCAUCGUCGAAAUGUGCCGACGAGAAGUGACCAAAUGUGCCAUGAGCACUCUGUUGGGCCCCAAAGUCUUUGAGCUGAAUCCAAAUUUUCUAGAAUCAUUCUGGGAAUUUGAUGAUAAUGUGUUCAUGUUGACGCUGGGCUUUCCGAAGUGGUUGAAUCCUGGCCCUUAUAAAGCACAAGACAAGUAUCUCUCCAUGAUCGAGAAAUACGUGGUUGCUGCAAUCGAGAACUUUGACUGGAAUGGACCUGACAUCGAGUCCAGCUGGGAACCCCAUUUCGGUGCUCGCAUUUGUCGCGAGACCGCAAAGUGGUUCAAGGAAAGCGGCUUUCCAGAUGUUUCUAUUUCUGGUGCCCUUGGAACCCUCCUCUUCGCACAAAAUUCCAACACUAUCCCGACAACAAUGUGGAUGCUUCUGGAAAUCCUCAAGGAUUCAUCGUUACUACGUGCUGUUCAAGAAGAAGUAGCUACAACAUACUCGAAAGACCCCGAAACUGGUAAACCUGUGUGCGAUCUUCAGAAGCUAGUUAUGUUGCCUCUGUUACAGUCCAUAUUCACCGAAGUCCUGCGGUUACAUAUGAAUUUCAACAUCAUUCGUCACACUAAAGAGCCCAUCACAAUGGACGGAUACAAAAUCAAGAAAGGGGCCAUGUUACAGGUGCCCAUGAUGGCCGCACACUACGAAGAGAGCGUUUGGGGUUCGACAGGGAAUCCUGCUUCAGAAUUCUGGGCCGAACGCCAUAUCAAAUACAUCGAUGAUAAGAAAGAGAAUGGUGAAAUUGAGCGUAAACGCGUUUUCGCCAUGGCUGGGCGGCCGAGUUCCUACUUCCCUUUCGGCGGCGGACCACCAAUUUGUCCCGGGCGACAUUUCGCGAAGCACGAAAUUCUGACUACAAUAGGAAUGUUAGUAACCAAAUUUGACAUUGAAUUCGUGGAGUGGGUGAACUUCGACGGUUCUCCUUCUGAUCGGCCGGCGCAGAAUAACCAACAGUAUUGUGGAGCGGGCUCUAUGCCACCGGACCGUGAAAUGAAGAUCAAAAUGAAGCGUCUUUGGUAA